AAAAUUUUUAAAAAAAUGGAAACAAUGUCUAAAUUAUUGUACUUUCUAUUUUUACCAAUAGCAAUAUUGGUUUGCAAUGCUCGUUCGAAAGUAUUUUCUUCGGAACAAUCAGUCAACUUAACUGCAGUUACAUAUUGGAGUAUAAAACAUAGGUCCCUCGAUGAUUGUACACCAGGCAAAGUCUUUCAGCUGACACCAGAAAAUUUCUACGAUAUCACUGCAAAAGGGACAUUCUUCGUAAAAUUUUAUGAACCGGAUUGCAUGGGCUGUGAAGAUUUUGAGAGUACCUGGAAAGACUUGGCCAAAUCAUUUAAAUCUAAACGAAGCGUUUGUUUUGCUGAAUUAAACUGUGAAGAUGCCAAAGUAAUAUGCAACGAAUAUGAGUUACGCUAUGAACCAAAUUUAAUAUGGCUUGAAAACGGUGACGAAGUACGCCAAUAUAAUGGUGACUUAACUUUCGAGCGAGUGAGCAACUUUGUUAAAGAAAUGAACGAGUUAAAUUCUACUAAAAACUCUUCACCGGAACGUACUCAUCCAACAUCAGUUUCUAACUACUUAAAACUUUUUGGAUGCUUCACCGCUAGCCCCUCCUGCUCGACCACGCCCCCACAGACGCCUCCGCCUCCGCCUCCCUAA